AUGGUAGACAACAAUGAUUUCAUUGCUGUCAAAUGGCAUCUUCAUAUGUUUAUCGGAGGUAUUAUAGCCAAGAUAACUAAUGUGAUACAUUCUAAUGGGAAGAUAUCCCUCUAUUAUGAGAACAUCCCCAUGGGACACGAGGGCGUUCUACCGAACAAUAAAUUUGCAGGUUUAAUUCAGUGUGGAAAAAAGUCCGAAGAUGUGAGAAAAGUUGAAAUAAACACUCCUCGACAAUGGAUAGCAAGUGACACGUUAGUGGAGUUUGAACCUAUCGAGAUAAGUUGUUCAAAACACGACUCCAUUGAAAAAUGCCAAAAUGCGACAACAUCAAGUGUGAAAUGUAUCUGGUAUGCAAAAGCAAAUAUGUGCAUUAACAGAGAUGAUAAUGAUGUUAAA